AUGGUCCAAGUCAAGAACAAGGUCUGCCUCAUCGUCCACGAUGGAUGGGGUGUUGCGCCAGAAAAAGGUGGAAAGGGCGAUGCCAUCUCUGCUGGCACGACGACCAACAUGGACACCAUCGGAGCAGAACACUCGUAUCGUACGCUCGCUGCUCACGGAACGGCGGUCGGUCUCAGCGAAGGCUUGAUGGGCAACUCUGAAGUCGGGCAUUUAAACAUCGGCGCUGGCCGUGUUGUCUGGCAGGAUAUCGUGAGGAUCGAUGUGUCCAUUAAGAAGAGGCAGUUCCAUAAGAACGAGACGAUCGUUGCGAGCUUCAAGCAUGCGAAAGAGACCAACGGACGGCUGCAUCUUCUUGGUUUGGUCUCCGACGGCGGUGUCCACUCGCACAUCAACCACCUCUACGCCCUGCUCGAAACCGCCAAAGAAAUCGGCGUCCCCCACGUCUACGUCCACUUCUUCGGCGACGGCCGCGACACCGCACCCCGUUCCUCCGCGACAUACGCCAAGGAUCUCCUCGCCUUCAUCGAGAAGGAGAAGAUCGGGACCGUCGCGACCGCCGUCGGACGGUAUUAUGCUAUGGAUAGGGAUAAGAGGUGGGAGAGGGUGAAGAUCGCGGUUGAUGGGCUUGUUAAGGGAGAGGGGGAGAAGAGCGAGGAUCUGGUGAAGAGUAUUGAGGAGGCGUAUAAGAGGGAUGAGACGGAUGAGUUUUUGAAGCCGAUCGUGCUUGGUGGGAGUGAGAGUAGGAUCAAGGACGACGACACCUUGUUCUUCUUCAACUACCGCUCCGACCGUAUGCGGGAGAUCGCCAGCGUCUUUGGGCUUCCGGACAAACCCAUGGAGGUCGACGUCCCCAAAAACCUCCAUAUCACCACCAUGUCGCGCUACAACGCCGAGUUCCCCUUCCCUGUCGCUUUCCCUCCCCAGGCCAUGACCAACGUCCUCGCCGAAUGGCUCGGCAAGAAGGGCGUUAAGCAGGCUCACAUCGCCGAGACCGAGAAAUACGCCCACGUCACUUUCUUCUUCAACGGCGGCGUCGAAAAACAAUUCGAGAACGAAGAGCGCCACAUGAUCGCCUCACCCAAAGUCGCGACCUACGACAAACAGCCAUCGAUGUCCGUGCAGGCCGUGGCGGAUAAGGUCGCGGAGGUCGUCAAGGCUGACACGCACGAGUUCGUGAUGUGCAAUUUCGCCCCGCCGGAUAUGGUCGGCCACACAGGCAUCUACGACGCCGCCGUCGAAGCCAUCGGCCACACCGACGCCGCCGUCGGCACAGUCUACAAAGCCUGCCAAGAAGCGGGCUACAUCCUUCUCAUCACCGCCGACCACGGUAACGCAGAACAAAUGAUCAACCCUGCGAACGGGAACCCGCAUACGGCGCAUACGACCAAUCCGGUUCCGUUCAUCAUGACGGGCGACCCGAAGAAGUUUAAGUUUACGGAGGAUAAGACGGGUGGGAAGGCCGGGAAGGAGGGAGAGAAGGCGAAGGCGAAGGUGGUGGAGGAGGAUGAAGAGGAGGGGGCGUUGUGUGAUGUUGCCCCGACGGUGUUGGCUUUGCUGGGUUUGGACCAACCGGAGGAAAUGACCGGCCGCUCGCUCCUCGCUGCCCAAUCUUAAGACACGAUAGACGAUGGACGACCACACACGAUAGACAAAUGCAGAAGAGUGUAAGUCACGAGAAAAAGAAGAAGCUGUAUAUCAACCAUAGCUAUAGAAUGGGACCGAAGGUGCGGAUCUGAACAGAUUAGAAUGUGCUCAUGCUUGUAAUUUUUGGAGGGGACUGUCGUUGUAGUUUGUUGUAAUCGAACGUGCUCCGCUUCUUUGGAGGGCUUGCCUG